AUGGCUGACACAGCAUCCGAGCUUGAGCAGUUUAGACAGCAGUGGAAGCAGGAGGUGAGUGCCAAGACAAGAAAGCCGGAGAAUCAAUCGGCUGCGUCCUCAAUUCCUUCAAGUGCCAGGAGACCAAGUGAAUCGAGACUGGAACGACCCUCAAAUAAACCGCCCACUCGCCACCCUGUUGCAGAUAUACGGGACGAGUCCGACCAUGAUAGUGGAUCAGAACAGACAGACGCACCCUCCCGGCUAACUGGACGGGUCGAUCGGUUGAACUUGGACGAUGCUGAUCGGGAUGAAUUCACCGCCAAAUCUACAAAGGUGCCGGAAACGGCUCUCGAACACUUCGAGCGGGCGGUGGAGAAAGAAGGCCAGGGCAACCUCGGUGAAAGCCUGACUCAUUACCGGAAAGCCUACAAGCUGGAUUUCAAAGUCGACCAGAGCUACAAAGACAAGCACUUUGCCCAUCGAUGGAAACAGCCUAACCCGAAUCCAUCUAAUGCCCCUACGACGGUCCCCAAUCCCGCCCAUCACUCCUCCACUGACGCCGGCGAAGUUCUGCCUACUCCAGAACUUAUACAGACCUUCGCCGGCUUGCGCAUACAGGGCUCUCCACCCAUUAUCCAGGGCGACAUCCCGCCGCCGUGCCCGAUCGCGAAGCUGCCCGCUGAGGUCAUGGUCGAGAUGCUCCAAAUCAUAGGAACGAAGGACCCUGCUUUACUUGCCAGAUUGUCUUUGGUUUGCAAGAGCCUUGCCUAUCAUAUCCAUUCCGAGAAUUCGAUCUGGAGGCAUUUGGCACUCGGUCCCCACUUUGGCUUCGCGUCACAGCAAUAUCAGUUUGCCACCGACCUUCAAGGUCGCGAGCUCAUCUUCUCCACGCUGGAGGACGAGGAAGAUCCUCUGCCGCCCAUUACUGAGACUUCAUUCCCUCGCUCCACAAUUUGGCGGGACGUCUUUCAUACCCACCCUCGUUUGAGGUUCUCGGGUGUGUACAUUAGUACUGUCAAUUACUCGCGCCCUGGUGGCGCCUCGGCUACCGCCCACGUCUGGUCCAACCCGAUUCACAUUGUCACGUAUUACCGCUACCUGCGCUUCUUCCGCGACGGGACCUGCAUCUCGCUUCUCACGACCAACGAACCCAUUGACGUAGUUCCACAUCUGACCUGGGAGAACCUCAACCUCGUCCGGUCAAAGGGUGGUGCCAGCCUGCCAGCUACUGCCCUCCCACCACCACCUCCUGCCGGCGGAGCGACACAAAUGCCGCCUCCGUCAGCGCAGAACAUUAUGAAACACGCCCUCCGUGGUCGCUGGCGGUUAUGCCACCCGGCGCAUAUUUCACAAUCGGCUGGACCGGAUGGUGGGAGCGACCCCACCAACGCCUCAGCACUCGUGCCUGGCGACCUGCACAUCGAGACUGAAGGGGCUGGACCCCGGUACAUGUACACGAUGCACCUGUCGCUCAAGUCGACGAGCAGGAGUCGCACGGCACCCAAGAACACGAAGCUGGUGUGGAAGGGCUUCUGGUCGUACAACCAGCUGAGUAAUGAUUGGGCGGAGUUUGGGUUGCGGAACGAUAAGCCUUUUUACUUCAGUCGGGUGAAGAGGUAUGGACUGGGAGAUUGA